UGCAAAGGAAAGUUUGUUAUUUAUUAGGAAUAUUAGGUUAGGAUUUUAGUUUUUAAGUUUAUUUAUAAAACUUAAAAUUAUCUUUCUUGGUCACUUUUAAGAAGUCCCCUUAUCACUUAAGUUGCCAAGAACCAAAUAACUCAUCUUCAAUUGACCUCUGCAUUGAUGACAUAAAAUUACAUUUAAAUGCACCUCAGAAAAAUGUUCACAAUUUCAAGAAUUAAACCUUUGUUGAAAUAUGCACUUGUUGGCGGAGCUAUAGGAAGCACUGCACUCAGUUUAAAACGAAAUCAGUACGAGUGGGAUUCUAUUGGAGUAGUCAGGUUAAGUAGAGCAGCCGUUACUGUGUUUAAAAUAGGAGUCAUUUAUAAAUUUGAGUUAUAUGGCCCUAAACUAGAUAAAAAAACCAAAGAGUACUUACAAUUAAAGUCAGUUUGUCAUAAAAAAUGUGCAGAAAAACUUUUGGACCUUUGUUGUGCUAAUAAAGGAGUCUACAUUAAAGUCGGACAAUAUAUUGCAGCUUUAGAUUAUUUACUUCCGACUGAAUAUGUUGAGACUAUGAAAAUCUUACAUAGCCAUGCACCAACGACAGACAUGAAAGAUAUAUACAGGGUUAUUAGAGAGGACUUGAAAAAAGAUCCCUUUGAGAUAUUUGAGUCAAUAGAUCCACAGCCCUUAGGAACAGCGUCUUUAGCACAAGUACACAGAGCAGUAUUAAAAGAUGGCACAGUUUUAGCUAUAAAAGUACAACACCCUUACGUUCAAGGCAAUUCUAGAGUUGACAUGAAAACCAUGGAAUAUCUUGUUAAACUCAUGACCUGGGUGUUUCCAGAAUUCAAAUUUCAAUGGUUAGUAGAUGAGUCGAAGAAGAACAUACCCAUUGAGCUGAAUUUUAACCAGGAGGGCAAAAAUUCCGAAAAGGUUGCCAAGAUGUUCGAAAACAUUGACUGGCUUAAAGUACCUAAAGUCAGGUGGGACUUGUCUACAACAAGAGUCCUCACAAUGGAGUUUGUAGAAGGGGGUCAAGUAAACGACUUGAACUAUAUAAAAGCACAUAACAUCGACCCAUAUGAAAUAUCAAGCAAAUUGGGAAAGCUAUAUUCGGAGAUGAUUUUUAUACAUGGGUUUGUUCAUAGCGAUCCACAUCCUGGAAAUAUUUUAGUGAGGAAAAACGAGAAGGGGUCUUGUGAUAUACUAUUGCUGGAUCAUGGCUUAUAUGCAGUUUUAAAAGACGACUUCCGAAUUAACUAUGCCAACCUAUGGCUGAGUAUUUUAGACAGAGACAGGAAAGGUAUGAGAUUAUACAGCCAGAAUUUGGGUAUUCAAGGUGACAUCUAUGGCUUGUUUGCCUGCAUGGUGACCGGUAGAACCUGGGACACCAUAAUGAAAGGAAUCGAAAGGGAGCAAUUUUCGUCAGGCGAAAAGGAUUUCGUGCAGGCCAACUUUACUGGUUUGUUACCUCAGAUUUCGUCUGUGUUGGAAAACGUGAAUCGGCAGAUGCUUUUGAUACUUAAGACAAACGAUUUGAUGAGGGGUAUUGAGUAUACUUUGCGUACAAGUGCACGCAUGGGAGCCUUCCGAGUGAUGUCUCAGUGUUGCGUCCAGUCGAUUUACAGUGACAGAUUAAAGAAGUGCCAAAGCAAAGUGCAAAAGUUCAAGUUGUCCCUUGCAGAAUUAUGGAUUCUAUUGAAAAUACGGUUGUAUUACGCCUUUUUGAAUUUAAAACAGUUUUUCUAGUCGAGUACAAAUGUUUUAGUUAAUUUAAUUAAUGACAUCAAAGAGUUUAAUUUAAAGAAAUGUUAAAGUUUGUUAAAUAGGAUAUAUUUUUGUAAGUCCUUGUUAGGAAAUUUGUUGUUAAUUGCGUUGCAAUAAUUAGUGUUACUAUUUUAAACUAAUUAUAUUUUUUAUAAAGUU